CCCCCAUCGGAAACGGAAGCGACCUCCACCCACUCUCGACGCUUCAGUGGCCACACACGGAGAUUGGCUGCCACCCGAGGGAGGACGUGGAGAAGAGGAGCUGUUGAAAUGCUGGGCACAUGCUCUGACAAUUUAUUAACUGCUCCCUGCCCCCACUAGACAUCGUUAUGGCCUGCUUCAGAGCCCGUUCCCGUUCCCUGCCGCUGCUGCUCCUCUGCCUCUCGUUGGCCUCUUGGCGGACGCCUUUGGUCAGAGGAUAUCUGAACAUUUUCAUCAGCCACCACGAGGUGAUGAAACUGAUGGGACUCGAGGCGGAUCUGUUCUACGUGCACGAGGGAUCCAUUAACACAUACGCGAUGCACUUCACCGUCCCGGUGCCCGCGGACGUCCACGAGCUGGAGUUCUCCUGGCAGAGCCUCAUCGCCUAUCCGCUGCCCUACGCCAUCAGCAUCGAGUACGCCAACGACCAGGACGCCCUGGGCACCCCGACGCUGAGCAUCCCCCACAAGGGCCUGGUGCCGCAGGAGAUCGAGUCCUUCCUGGUGUACCUGCCGUGCACGGGCAACGCCAGCCUCCAGCUGCCCGUCAACGUCAACAUGGUGGUGCGAGGACCCCCGCGCUUCAACGACACCAGGCUCCACUUCAAGCGCAACAAGAUCUGUGCCAAGGGCAUCUCACCCGAACCGAACCAAUCGCCGGCCCCCGCCCAUGCCCCCUCCCAGGGCCCUGCCUUGCUGAGUGCCGCAGCCUGUGCCCUCGGCCUGGUCCUGGCCGUGGGCCUCGUGGCCAGCAUGAUGUAUUUGCGGGCUCGCAAGCAGCUUCGCCAGGACUCGCUUCACACAAGCUUCACCACUGCGGCCUACGGCAGCCACCAGAACGUUUUCAUCCGCCUCGACCCGCUCGGACGGCCACCGAGUGCCACCGGCUCCUACGCGACCAUCGCCAGCCUCAACAAAUACCCCGGGGAGACCAAGAAGUCGUGCAGCAUAUUCGACCGUUUCCGCAGCUCCCCCAUCCCGACGCCCUACGCCACCGCCCUGCUGCCGAUGGGGGACCAGACGCAGGCCGGAGAAACAAUCUACUCGAAGCCAGAGUCGAUCUGUCCCUCGAGGAUAUCCUACUACGCCUCCUCGCAGCUGACGCUGACCCAGCCCUGCAGCAUGUCCACUCCAAAGAGCAGCCGUGGCAUCGGUGGCAGUGGCAGCCUCUUCGGGGCCUUCGUCAACGGUGGCAGCACCAUCACCAUGGCCAGUCACGGAGAGAAGACCAAGGAUCGACUGCGUCGCAUUCCCAGCGUCCAGCCAGGAGCCCUCACCUACGAGCACCUGGUCAAGGAGGGCACCUUCGGGCGGAUCUACGCCGGCAAGCUGGGCGACUCCUGUGACGCUCUGGUGAAGACUGUCAUCGAUGGGGCAUCGCUCACCCAGGUGGCCUGCCUGCUGCAAGAUGCUUCGCUGCUGAUCGGUGUCAGCCACCAGCACAUCCUGGCCCCGCUGCUGGCCAACACCGAGCUGCCCGGACCGCCAGAGAUUGCAUAUCCCUAUCCGUCCAAGGGGAACCUAAAGAUGUACUUGCAACAGUCACGGGAGUCCAGCACAGCCCUCAGCACCCGCCAGCUGGUGGAGUUCGGGCUGCACAUCACCAAGGGACUGGCCUACUUGCACUCCCUGGGGAUCAUCCACAGGGAUAUUGCCACACGCAAUUGCUAUGUGGAUGAGGAGGCGUACGUGAAGAUCUGCGACGGCGCCCUGUCUCGGGACCUCUUCCCGGACGACUACGACUGCCUGGGCGACAACGAGAACCGGCCACUGAAGUGGCUCUCGCUGGAGGCGCUGCAGAAGAAGGUGUACGCGUCGCAAGGUGACGUCUGGUCCCUGGGCGUCCUCUACUGGGAGCUGGUCACCCUCGCCCAGAUGCCACACGAGGAGGUGGACAUAUUUGAGCUUACCAAUUACUUGGCUGCCGGUUUCCGGCUGGAGCAGCCCGUCAAUUGCCCCGAUGAAUUUUUCACCGUUAUGAACUGCUGCUGGCACUGCGAGGCCAAGCAGAGGCCAACGCCCUCGCAGCUGCUCUCGUAUCUGCAGGACUUCCAUGCCGACCUGGGCAUGUACAUCUGAAUCUGAAUCUGAAUCUGAAUCAGAGUCUAAGACCGAGCAAUAGGCCGAGACUGAUGCUGAUGCUGCUGCCGAUGCACCGCCUGGUUAGGGGUCAGAGGUGGGGGGGCCAAGUGCCCAAGAGCCCGGGGCGAAACCUAAGAUAAAAUAAUUGAAAACUUUUACAUUUUAAAUGUGAGAUUAAAUGUGAAUUUACCUGUUAGAGUUCGGCGCAGAAAACCAAUUAAGUCAGAAGCCAGCUAACUCCAGAUACGUAAGCAGAAGAUACAGAUACAAGCCGCAGACACAACACAACACAGACACGAACACACAUAAACAACAGAGAUUUGUGGAAAUAAAUUUCACAAGUCGUUGACAUCAGCCCAAAAGAAUGCUAAAGCAAUAGCUGCAGGUGUAUUGAGGGUGAGAUAAGAUUGAGCAUUUAAGUAGCUAGAAAUUGAAUAACAUCAAAAACACACACACAGACAGACUGGAAUACACACAGAAACAGAUACAACAAACAAAACAAACGAAUAACGAUACAAGAUAAAUGAUAAAUGAAUAUAUAUUCAUGUAUUGAUAAUUGAAUGUGAAUUAUUGAUGUGCAUAUUUUAUUGAAUGUGUAAUAUUUAAGAAAACGUCCUGGAAAACGAGUAGAGCGAGAGAGAGAGAGAGAGAGAGGGAGAAAGAUGGCAACAGAAUACAGAAUCUUUUGUUCUCAAAUGUUGUCCUCAAUUGUUACGAUGCGAUAUAUUUAUUUACCUUGAUUAUUAUUAUGGCUAUUGAGUAUAUGAUGUAUGUAUUGUACCAUAAGGGAAGUUCAAAACAGUACCAGAAUCAGGUGAAAGAGCACAGAGCAACUGUUAAGCAACCAACACACACACACCCACACACGCACACAAGCGGUAGCACACACACUUGCACACAACACACAUCUGACAUUUCACAUUUCACAUCUCACUUUUUCACCACUCAGCCGAUAUCGCACAUAUGUUUCAUUUAGAUAAAACCCGUGUCGCAAUCGUUUCGUUGUAAAAUUUUUUUUUAGAUGUCUCUCCCCUUUAAACAUGCAUUAGUCGGGGGGCGAAUCAAUAGUGAAUGAAUCGAUUUCCCUGGCUGUCAAUUGGCCUAGAUCCGAAUUCCCUAGCUUAAGAUGUCCUUGUUGUUAGGUUAUGGCGUUUAGUUGAAUUUUUUCAGGAAUUGUUUCUGUUUCUAUUUCUGUUUCUGUUUCUCUAGAGUUACGUACGUUGUCUAUUAAUUUGCCAUUUUUUUAGCCAAGAAAAGAGGCAACUGAAAGUUGCCCACCAGACCCACGGCCCCAACCCCAAGCCCUGCCCGAUCGCAGGGUUUUCCCUAGAAAAGAAGAAACAUAGCCAUAACUAAAGGCUCCGGAUAAACGUAGUUUAAAUGUUCAAUGUCAUAAAUGGUACAGUUAAGCACCGAAAUAACUAACAAAGCAAGAAAUAGCAAAUAAAUCCCAAGGCAGCUGCUUAUUCAUCUACGAGUAGUUAUUUAAGCUCUCUAUAUGGUUUAUUCUUAAGCUUCGCACUGGAAAAUGAAAACGAAAACGAAAAUGAAAAUGUUACUAAGGCAAAUACAGAACGGCACUGGCACUAUCUCUCCAUUUACGAAUAAUAUACACUAUACACACACUCACUAACUGCUGCCAGGCAGCACACGCCUCACCCAACAACAGCCUCACACACACACACACACACAGCGUACAGAUACACACAGAUAUCCUACGAGAGCAAACAAAUUUUAUGAUAGAUAUAGAUAAUAGAGCAAGCGAGAGAGACGCAGGGAGACGCAAGAAGGAAAAGCAGAAGACAUCUCAGAGCUCUUCACGGAUACGGAUACGGAAACGGGGGGAGAGACGGGAGGACGAGAUACGAGGAGCUGCCGACUACUACUAUAACUAACUGAAUGUGUUUCAUGUUUAUUAUAAAAUAUACCUACCUACAUAUGUAUGUGUAUGCGUAAGUGAGUGUAUGUAUCUAUGUAUCUUUAAACGUAUAUUUUGUCGUCUAAUUGAAAACUAACUGUAAACGCUAUUAACAGCAAAACGAACGGAAGGGAGAAGAAGCAUAAGAAUAUGGAAAUGAAGUAGGAAAACAUAAAAAACAGAUACACCAAAAGCUAAAGCUAAAGCCACCACACACAGAUACACUUACACCCAACACUCAGAUAUACAGAACCCAUUUACAUGUGUGUAGCCCCGGGGGAAAACAAAUUGUCAUUCACUCUAUGUCUCACUCUUUAACUCUUUAUAUAAAUGUAUCUCCGUAUCUGUCUAACUUUAGAUAUACUCUACUACCGUAUGAUUGUAUGAUUGCAUGUGCAAAAACAAAACCAAAACCAAAAACCAAAAAGCAAAUACCAGACUUAGGCUUAUUCAAAAAAUAUGUAUUUGCUAGGACAAACGACACGUAAACACCGCACAAACCCAUCCCAUCCCAUCCCAUACCCUUCUAUCUGCUCUAUCCGAAGAUGCUAUACUAUGAUGAUGGGAGGAGUGGGUGUGGCAUAAGAGUCAAAUGGCAACUGAAAAAUACAGAAAUUCAAUUUUUGUGAAACGAGAGCAAGCGAUAAGCGAAAAGCGAAAAACAAAGAACUAAGUAAAUAAAUAAAUGUUCCUUUUGAAUCAUAAA